UCUAGUUUCGACAACAAACCUCUUGGUUUACGUGCCGGCUACAAUUUUGUUUUUUUAAAUUAUUAAUCAUAUAAGUAUUCAAAAACAUGUUCAUAUAAUCAUUGAAUUCAUUAUAACGUUAGGAGAAAUUACAUGAGCGAUUGAAGUUACAGUGAAGUGGAUUAAAAAAUAAUAAUGCGCUUUCAUCGCCGUGGUUUACGGAGUUAAACAUGGAUUCGAAGCUUUUUAGAAUUAUUAUAGGCGUACUCUAUUUAGUACUGUUAGCCUCUGCGGAUGAAGAAAUAAACGUAGAUGGUGUGUGCAAUUCUACAACAUCUGAGCGAGUACAUUACGAAUUCAAUUCAGAUGUAGUCAGUAGCGAACAUAUAAUAACUUACAAGGGUUACUUCCCACGAUCGACUCGAGAGAACUAUGUCAGCGCAGCUUUGAGGAAUGCAGGGAUAUCAAACUGGACUUUGUUGCGACGUGACAAUCCGGCGAGAGAGUAUCCGAGUGACUUUGAUGUGAUCAUCCUUGAAGAUGGUGGCCGACGAGCUCUAGAUGCUCUCAAAGACCAUCCAGCUAUCCGACGGGUUACAGCACAGCGACAAGUCACUCGUACCAUCAAAUAUAUAAACGAGGAUGAUUGCGGUCCAACCGGGUGUUUGUAUGCGGGUUGGCGCAAUCAUCGUGCACGUGCUCUGCACUCCCUCAGGCAACCGCGCGAGAAUGGUGGCUACACUUCUAGGAAACUUUUGCGGACAGUUCCACGACAGAUAACGUCGGUGCUGAAGGCAGACCUACUGUGGUCUCUUGGGGUCACUGGCGAGGGUAUAAGAGUGGCGGUGUUCGACACGGGUUUAGCUCGAAAUCACCCGCACUUCGGCCGCAUUAGGGAGCGAACAGACUGGACGGGUGAGAACACACUAGACGACGCUCUUGGCCACGGCACAUUCGUCGCGGGUGUCAUCGCUUCGCGGUCCGAUUGUCUCGGCUUCGCGCCCGACGCCGACCUGCAUAUAUUUCGCGUCUUCACCGAUAAUCAGGUGUCGUACACUUCAUGGUUUCUGGAUGCCUUCAACUACGCUAUAAUGCGGAAGAUUGAUGUACUGAAUCUGAGCAUCGGCGGACCAGACUUCAUGGACCAUCCCUUCGUAGAUAAAGUGUGGGAGCUCAGUGCUAAUAAGGUGAUCAUGGUAUCGGCUAUAGGUAACGACGGUCCACUAUACGGCACGCUGAACAACCCGGCGGAUCAGAUGGACGUCAUCGGCGUAGGAGGCAUUGGGUUCGAUGACAGGAUAGCGAAGUUCUCGUCCCGGGGCAUGACCACGUGGGAACUGCCGCAUGGCUACGGUCGCAUGAAGCCGGACAUCGUGACGUACGGCAGCGGAGUCCGGGGCUCCAGCGUCACCGGGGGCUGUCGUUCACUCAGUGGUACAUCAGUAGCCUCCCCGGUAGUGGCAGGUGCGAUUGCAUUGCUAGCAAGCGGGGUGCCUCGAAAUAACUUGACGCCGGCGUCUGUCAAGCAAGCGUUGUGUAUGACGGCGCUCCGGCUGCACGGGCCCAACAUGUUCGAGCAGGGCCACGGGAAACUCGACCUUAUUAGUGCUUAUCAGUUUCUCCGCAAGUACGAGCCUCAAGCAUCGUUGAGCCCGAGCUACAUCGACCUGACUGAGUGUCAGUACAUGUGGCCUUAUUGCACGCAGCCGCUGUACUAUAGCGCUCAGCCGACUAUAGCUAACGUCACUGUCAUAAACGGACUUGGCGUUUCAGGGAGAGUGAAAGAGGUGACGUGGCACCCCCACCUUCCCCACGGGGUCUUGAUGUCGGUGUCUGCUGAAUACAGUCAGAUCCUCUGGCCCUGGUCGGGGUGGCUGGCCCUCAGCUUCUCAGUACUCGAGGAAGGCGCCGACUUCGAUGGCAUCAUUGAGGGCCACGUGAAUGUGACGGUUGAGAGCUACGACGACUCGGGAGAGAAAACUAUGAAGAAUGCCACACUCACGCUGCCUAUACGAGCCCGAGUGAUACCUGUACCAGUUCGUUCUCGGCGUCUCCUCUGGGACCAGUUCCACAGUCUCCGCUACCCUGGUGGCUACUUCCCCAGAGACGACCUUCGAGCCAAGCAUGAUCCUUUGGACUGGCACGCCGACCAUGUCCACACUAAUUUCCGUGAUAUGUACCGUCGCCUGAGAGAGCAUGGAUUCUAUCUUGAGGUUAUGGGUUGUCCCCUAACCUGCAUAGAUACAUCGUUAUACGGGGCGCUACUGCUAGUGGACCCUGAAGACGAGUAUUUUCCUGAAGAGAUGGCGGCUCUGAAGCGAGCGGUCGACGCCGGCAUGUCUCUGGUUGUCUUCGCCGAUUGGUACAACGCGUCUUUAUUGCGACACGUCAAGUUCUACGACGAAAAUACUCGACAGUGGUGGAUACCAGAGACGGGUGGCGCCAACGUACCUGCUCUGAACGACUUACUAAGCAUGUACCAGGUAGCACUAGGUGACCGCGUGUUCGACGGCGCGUUCCGACUGGGCGGUCACCCAAUGUACUACGCGAGUGGUACCCAUAUACACAGCUUCCCCGAACACGGGAUUUUGAUCACUGCCCCCCUCAGCGAUCAAGGACAUCAGAUAAUGUCAGGCGAGAAGCCGGGAGGAGGGGGCGGCGCGGCGGGUGGCGGGGAGACAGUCGACGUGCCGAUAUUAGGCCUCCUACAAACUGAUGGCGAAACUAGAGACUACACCAAUGACACCAGCGAUAAGCCCAGGUCUGGGCGUUUAGUUGUCUACGGGGAUUCCUCCUGCCUCGAAGGGGGGGCAGCCCGUAGCUGCCACUGGUUGCUGCUAGCGUCCCUGCAGUAUGCCCUGGUCGGACACCUGCCGUCCUCCCUCAAGGACGCUGCCACGCCUCGCCAACAUCGACUUAGAGAUGUACACAUUAUACCUUCAGAGUUACCCCAACGCGCGGAAGGUGGUCGUCUACACGUGUACUCGCGGGUCCUGUCGCCCGAUGGCAGUGGGCCCCGGCCGGUGCCCGAGUGCGUCACGCUGGUACCCCUGGAGCCCCACCCUAUUCACGCACCCCCGUCGGCCAGGACAUUAGCUCCAAGGCAUCAACCCACCGACCCUAAGAGCAUAGGUGCGCUAGAGAUAGAGGGCACAGAGGCGGCGCCGCGCACAUGGCGGGGCGCAGGCGCAGCGCCGGCGCGGGCCCCCGGGGAGCGCGAGGCGGGCCCCUCGCUCGGCAGCCGCGCGCUCUCGCUGCUGGCCAUCGUGGCGCUCGUCUACUGCCUCAGCGCCGCCUGGAAGCGCUGCAGCCGCAAACUCCGCCGCCGGAGGCUCAUGGCGCUCAACUAGCAUCAGCUCAAGCCGCCCGCGCGGACUCAACAGACAAAAACUUAACGAGGGGCCAAAAAGUAUGACUGAACAAGUUCAACUUGUCUCAACAACUGUUUUUAGUGUGUCAAAAGUGACAUACUCAUGAUCACAAUAUGUAAGUGACAGCAGUGUAGUGUUUUACAAUAGUCAGUGCAUAGCCGUCGUGAACUAUUUAUUCUUAUUGAACGUACAGCAGUUGCAAAGUUACAUUAAGCUUAUACGCAUUGAAAUUAUGUAAAAUAUAUUUUAGAUCAAUUAUCUUGCGUCGUAAGUUUAAUAGGAUAUACGUAUGGAGUUAUGAAUUAUAAUUUUCUGACAUAGUAAAAAUAGAUUCAAAUAAUCCCCAAUUAUUAUCAGAGAAGCGUUUUAUCAUAUUAUAUUAUACUAAGAGAUUAAAAUAAUUUAGUAAAAGUUACUUAAUAUUAUAUGUGUACAGUAUACGAUAUUUACGAUAUUUUGUACGAAUGAAGAGUUUACUUUAAACUUUCUCAAACAUUUCAAAACCAAAAUUAACCAAAUCUAAACAGGUUUUCUCAACUGUUAUCGAGAAUAACGAACAGUGGUUCAUGUUUGUAUAUAAGUUUACUAAAAUUAAAAUAAGAGCCUAGUAUUGUAAUAAACUAACAACAUAGGUAAGUGUCCAUUAAUUAAGUUACCAAAAUGUACCUCAUAACACUGGAACUUAUUUAUAAAACUAAAUGAAAUUAUUAUUUAUUUCCUAAUUAUCUUAGCAAGUGUGAAGUUACGUUUUGAUCUGCACAAUAGAUCAUUUAGAAAUAGAAAUGAACUAACUUCAUGCACACCAAGCUACUUUAACUGAACUGUACAUAGAUAUUACUAAGAAUAUAAAGGCAGUGAAUGUUAAACAAUGUGUAUAGAAUAAUAUAAUACUAUUAUAUACAUGGUUUUCUCUUAACCAGGUAGAAGGUUAGCAUUUGUUGGAAGUGCAGCAGUGAACAGCAAUUGGCUGAUAUCAUGAUAUCAUAUAUACAUAUUUGUGUUAUAUAUAUAUAUAUAUAUAUUAUAUUUUUAUUUGUUAUUACUACCUGCGAUGCAGUUAUUUUCUUUUGUCUCAAUACAUCCAAAGGUUGACUGUAAGAGAUCGCUUUUAGCGAUAAGACCACCCAUUGUGCCACCGACUUUAAAAUCUUAAGGCUAGUUUUUUUGUUGUAUUUUAAUUGGUGUACAUAAUAAAGGGUAUAUCUAUCUAUCAUCUGCCUAGCCUUCUCCAAACUAUGUCGGGGCUGCCUUCCAGUCUAAUCAGAUGCAGCUGAGUACCAGUGUUUUACAUGGAGCGACUGCCUAUCUGACCUCCGCAACCCAGUUACCCGGGCUGAUAUCAUGAUAUAAUAGUAUUAUAUUCACGAAGAUAUUUAAUGUAGCUUUAACCUCGAGUAUCUUAUUCGUCCUCUAAUACAGUAAAGAUAUAUAAAUAA